AUGACCUUCCAAUUCUACGGCACUGCGACUGGGAUAUACGGAUCUAUGCGGGGGAACCACGGUCGAUACCAGGUGUCCGUGGAUGGACUAGAGUAUCCUGAAGGGAAUGGAAGGACCGCCCAAGGAGAGGAUCAAUUCAAUGCUACAUUGUUUGAAGUGGAGGGGCUUCCGCAGGGAGUUCAUGAUGUGACGUUGGUCAACCGAGAGGAUGCUUGGUUGGAUGUUGACACUGUCUCCUGGCAAGCCAGCAUCGGCGAGGACGGAGAAGAUAUCAUCGUGAAUACUAUUCAGGAUUCUCAUCCGACCUUUGUGUAUCAACCAGCGGGCGCAUGGAAUACUGCGCCUGAGGGAGUAAGCUCGUUCAGUGGUGGAUCGGGACAGGUUAGUCUCUAUCCAUUGCGGCUGCAUACACCGCGGAACUCAGCAUCUGUCCUGUUCUCAGGGGACUGUGUUGCUCUCUUUGGUUCUGCUGGACCGAGGGGUGCUUCUUCAUACUCGGCGAGUGUUAAUGACAGACCUGCGCGCUCAUUCUCCGCCAACCGUCAUUACCAUCGGAAUAAGCAGUUGCUAUUCUGGGCUGGAGGUCUUGGGGCAGGAAAUCAUACAUUAAGGGUUGUGAAGGAUUCCCCAGAUGCCGGUGAAGUUCUGGCUAUUGAUUACGCUGAAGUCUACACGACGGAGUCGAUAGGGGGAAGCCUUUCGGAAGGAGGGGCCGUCGUGAUUUCAGCGCCCGCAGUUACAGUAACGCACCAGGUCCUCGUAUCUGGCGCUGCUAAUAACAAACUAUCUUCAGGCGCCAUUGCAGGUAUUGCGACAGCGUCAGUUGUAGCAACAAUCUCUCUUGCACUUGCAGUAAUUGCAGUGCUCUUGAUGAUGCGCAGGAGAAGGGACUCGGAGAAGGGGGCGCAAUGGGGACACUCCGGUGCUGUCAACCCAUUGAUCGCCCCGACCAUGGCGUUGAAUACGAAUAAUACAAGCGCCGCCGGCCAACCGUUCUCUUCAGUAUCUGGGUUCCCCCCAAGUUAUGCUAAGGCACCGAUGAUGCAUCACGCCGGUGGACCCUAA